AAGUUUCCUGUGUUGGUCGCUAGUGAGACUCGCUGCAGAAGCAGAUAAACAAUAUGAACUGACACGGUGAAACCGUUAACUUUAGGAAAAUCAAGUACAUGUCCUCUUUCUAGUUGCAGUAGUCCGACAACGCCAUAGCUAUGGCGCGAGACUGCACUACACGAAGUUUGGACAAUAUUGACCUCUCUGCUUUGAGGGAUCCUGCUGGGAUAUUUGAGCUGGUAGAAGUGGUUGGAAAUGGAACAUAUGGGCAAGUCUACAAGGGUCGACAUGUGAAGACAGGACAGCUGGCUGCUAUCAAGGUCAUGGACGUGACAGAGGAAGAAGAAGAGGAAAUCAAAUUAGAGAUUAAUAUGUUGAAGACAUAUUCCCAUCAUAGGAAUAUAGCUACAUACUAUGGUGCCUUUGUGAAGAAGAGUCGUGCAGGUCAGGAUGACCAGCUCUGGCUGGUGAUGGAGUACUGUGGGGCGGGCUCAGUCACUGACCUAGUGAAGAAGACUAAAGGGAACAGCCUAAAGGAGGACUGGAUCGCCUACAUCUGCAGGGAGGUCCUCCGAGGUCUGUCUCACCUCCACUCACACCACGUCAUUCACCGUGACAUCAAAGGCCAGAACGUGCUGCUAACUGAGAAUGCGGAGGUCAAGCUGGUUGAUUUUGGGGUGAGUGCUCAGCUGGACAGGACGAUAGGGAGGAGGAACACCUUUAUUGGGACUCCGUACUGGAUGGCCCCUGAGGUCAUUGCCUGUGACGAGAACCCAGACUCAACCUACGACUACAGGAGUGACCUGUGGUCUCUGGGAAUCACAGCUCUGGAGAUGGCUGAAGGAGCACCACCCUUGUGUGACAUGCAUCCCAUGAGAGCCCUGUUCCUCAUUCCACGCAACCUGCCCCCCAAGCUCAAAUCAAAGAAAUGGUCCAAGAAGUUAAUGACCUUUGUGGAGAGCUGUCUGGUGAAGAACUACCUCCAUCGUCCCGCUACAGAAACCCUCCUAAGGCACUCGUUCAUCAAAGACCUGCCCAACGAACGGCAGGUCCGCAUCAUGCUCAAAGACCACCUGGACAGAACCAGGAAAAAGAGAGAUAAAGAGAGCCCAGAGUAUGAAUACAGCGGCAGUGAAGAUGAGGAGGAGGAGAUUAACGAAGAGGAAGGUGAACCCAGCUCCAUAGUGAACCUGCCGGGGGAGUCCACUCUGAGAAGAGAGUUCCUGCGUCUGCAGCAGGAGAACAAGAACUGGUCAGAAGCCCAGCGACAGCAGCAGGUCCUGCAGCAGCAGCUCCGGGACCAGGAGAGUUACAAACAGCAGCUGCUGGCCGAGAGGCAGAAGAGGAUCCACCAGCAGAAGGAGCAGCGCAGGAGGCUGGAGGACCAACAGAGGAAGCAGCUGCAGGAUUCUGGGUUCCAAUGGCCAGAACUACAGGAGAUGCUAUGGAGGGAGGAGACUGAAGCUAAUGACAGAGGUCUAUUGGAUGAAAGGAACAAGAGAAGUGACAAGAGACUGGUGGAGGAUCGUGGCAGACAGCGGGUUGAUGUCGGAGGAAGGCCUGCAGGUCCUGUAGCUGAACAGAGGAGGACCGAGCCUCCACCUCCACAGCCUCAUCCUCAGCAGCAGCCCCAGCAGCAGCAGGGUAAAAAGUUCCACCGCACGCUGCCCAAAGACCAGACGCAGCUCCUUUCACUUCAGCACGACCACAGGCACAAAAAGAGGGAGCCCCACAAGGCUGCUAGCGCCACGCAUAACUGCCCCGCAAAUAGCCAGCGCAAAGUGAUGGAGAUGGACAGGGUGAAGGUUUCUGACAGCUGUCAGGCCAACCUGAACAGAGUGCUGACUGGGAUGCCCCUCCCCCUGCGUGUCCAUACCAGACUGAGCUCUGGGAGCAGCUCCAGCCCCUGUACCCCUGCCACGCAGAGGGCUGCCAUACAACAGAAUGCCAAUCUUGGCUCCAGUCGAGACACCCUUCACAGCAGCUCUAUGUCUGACAUGGCCACCACUCCCAUGUCUCCUACGUUUGAUGAUGUCUUCUGGGACUUCCCAAGCUCUGUGGAGCACCCACCAAAGGUUCCGGAGCGUACAACAUCCAAAUCAUAUUGCAAAGAGCUGUUGAAUCAUCACCGGACAGGGUUGAGUGGGGCCCCUCAGUCUCCUGCGGAGAAGGGUGGGAAGUCCAUGUCCUCUCAUGGCAGCUCCAGUAGCAGCUCCCAGUCAGGUUACUUCAAGCUGGAGAGCCCUCUGCUGCAGAGCCGUCUUCAGCAGUACAAGAAGUCUAAGGAGAAUUCUCCUGGAGCCCUUCUUCAGCAACAUGGUUUCGGCCACUUCUCUGGGCUUACGUCUAAUCUCAGUCCGUUUGUCAAGGCAACAGAGUACUCCUCUUCUAGCGAUGAAGUUGGGAGUAGUGAUGAUGAUGAGAAAACCCGGUCUCCAUUGAAUGGGAAAGGAAUGUUCUUCCGUGGAGCCCCUGAUGGGAUUGUCCUGCAGCCCCACCAUAAUCUUAACCAGACCCUGCAGAGCAGCGUGGCAUCAGGCCUUAAGAGUGGCCAGCCACUACACAGGCUCAUUGCUAUAGGAUCAGAAUGCAAUGAGAAUUACCUUCUCCCUGAUCUCCUGCAGAAGAGCCCGGCCCAUGAGCCCAUGGCGCAGCACGGCCCACAUGACAUCAUCUACCCCCAGUCUCCGAGCAGACGAGGACCACAUUCUGACAAACCUGUAAACUGUCCUCCAGGGAAAAGCAACUCGUCCUCCUCCUUCACUCCCUUCAUAGACCCCAGGCUGCUGCAGAUCUCUCCCCCUCAGAGCCCAGUGGGCCACAGUCCCACCUGUGGCAGGCCACCUGCUAUUCAGGACCCAAUCAGGAGAGAGGGCCACAGAAAGGGCUCCGUGGUCAAUGUGAACCCCACCAACAUCAGACCCCAGAGUGAUACCCCCGAGAUCCGCAAAUACAAGAAGAAGUUCAACACCGAGAUCCUCUGUGCUGGCCUGUGGGGUGUGAACCUGCUGGUGGGGACAGAGAAUGGUCUGUGGCUGCUGGACAGGAGCGGUCAGGGGAAGGUCUACUCUCUGAUCAGCAGGAGACGCUUCCAACAGAUGGACGUUCUGGAGGGCCUCAACGUGCUCAUCACCAUCUCAGGUAAAAAGAACAAGCUGAGGUUGUACUACCUGUCUUGGCUGCGGAACAAGAUCCUUCGGAAUGACCCAGAGGUGGAGAAGAGGCAGGGCUGGACCUCUGUAGGGGACCUGGAAGGAUGUGUGCACUACAAAGUCGUUCGAUACGAGAAGAUUAAGUUCCUGGUGAUUGCCUUGAAGAAUGCUGUGGAGGUGUACGCAUGGGCUCCCAAACCUUACCAUAAGUUCAUGGCUUUCAAGUCGUUCGGCUCGCUCCCCCAGAGGCCUCUGUCCGUGGACCUGACGGUGGAGGAUGGACAGAGACUUAAGGUCAUCUACGGCUCCCUGUCGGGCUUCCACGCCAUCGACGUUGACUCGGGGACGCCCUAUGACCUAUACCUGCCCACGCAUAUCCAAGGUGUGAUCCGGCCUCAUGCCAUCAUCAUCCUACCCAACAGCAGUGGCAUGGAGGUGCUGGUGUGUUAUGAGGACGAGGGGGUUUACAUAGACACCUACGGACGCAUCACCAAGGAGACAGUGCUGCAGUGGGGAGAGAUGCCUGCAUCUGUCGCCUACCUGCAGUCCAACCAGGUGAUGGGCUGGGGAGACAAAGCCAUCGAGCUGAGGUCAGCUAACACAGGCAACCUGGAGGGAGUCUUCAUGCACAAGAAGGCCCAGAAACUCAAGUUUCUUUGUGAGAGGAAUGACAAGGUGUUCUUUGCCACGGUGCAGUCUGGGGGCUGCAGCCAGAUCUACUUCAUGACACUGGGCCAAAACUCCCUGUUCAACUGGUGAGCUCUGUGGCUUAAAGACAACAUACAGCGAUCAUCUCAGAAACAACAUGAAUUAUACUCAGAAACAUUCUUAAACACUGAAUUUACACUUUAGUAAUACAGCUACAUAAUCCCAUGCAUAUGAGAAUACAGUAUUUUCAAUCAGCAUAAAUUAAGUAUUUUUGUGUCUAAGGCCACCACAUUGGUUUCAAGUCUCUAGCUAUAGUACUUAAAAUGGAACUGACAGCAUUUAAGCAACACUAAAUCUUAUUAAAAUAUGUUCAUAUACACCCCCAGGAAGAAUAUUACAUUUAAAAAAAAUUCUGACAAGCGAGCACUUAGAUAUGGUCAUUUAGAUAUUGAAUGUUUGGGAAUAUAUAGAAUGUUUGGGAAUUAAGUAUACUAAGGCAUUUGUAAAAAAUCUAUAGCAAUAUAGAGUGGGAAAGCAGCCGGGCAUUUUGACAAUUAAUAGACACUGCAGUAAAUAAAACCUAAUAAAAACAUCUGUCACGUCCAAGACCGGAGUCUACGCAGACUGGUUCACCAUAGCCAAUCUUUCAACUGGACUGUGUGUUUAAAGGCAGUAGCAACAGCUCGACUUUAGAUCAUUAGAACACAUGGACCACAGGAGUCCUCUUACAUUUCAGAACUCAACAGUGCUAUUGAUCAAACAACCAUGAAAAGGUAGGCUCUCUCUCCCCCAGUUAUGCACAUCAACAACUAAUGCUAGCCAGAGCAAGAUGAGCUAAAACUUUAAUGAAGCAACAUUAGACAAACCCUCUCAACAUUUUUCAGCUAAUUACUCGGCAGAAUUGCACUGAUACAUUAUGGGGAAUUCUACAGCUUGCCUGCCAAUGCAAUUCAUUAUUGUCUUGUCAAUGCAAUUCAAUAUUGUCCUAACCGAGCCCCCAAGCUAACUGGUUAAAGUUGGCUGGUUUGCUAGCUAGCUACUUCUAGAAAUAAUUGAGAGAAUCUCACCCUAACCAUUUUACUCGCCCUUUCCAAAACGGGUUAGGCUGUUUACGAACGCAAGAGAUGUGCUAACUGGAUAACAGUCGUUCAGGUUCUUGCUAGCUAACCAAAUGACACCUCCAUCUCUAGCUAUGUAUAGCCACCAUAAACCGAAAUGAGGGGAAAAGGUCAUU